CAAGUAAAGCUAUAAAAGGAGCUUCUGCUCCUGGCAUAGCACAUUAUUUCCGAGAAAAAAGAAAGAAUUAAUCUCCAUUGGUUUAUGCAGAUAAUGGAGACUAACCAGUUGAACAGUGACCAGCUGACCUGCCCAGUGUGUCUGGAGUUCCUGCAGGAUCCAGCAUCUCUUCCGUGUGGACACAAUUAUUGCAUGAAAUGUAUACAGGAGUACUGGCACCAGACAGAAGUCUAUAAUUGUCCACAGUGCCGGCAGAAAUUCCCCUCAAUGCCUGGUUUGGCUAAAAACAUUCUCCUUGCAAAUUUGGUUGAGAAUAUGAAGCAAGCUGGAUUUUCUGGUUCUUCUCCUGAUGAGUAUGCAUAUGCAGUAACUGUAAGAGCAAGAAAAGUAAAUGUUCCAGAAUCAGAAAGUGAAAAUGAGGAAAACCCCCAGCAGCAGGCUACAGAAAGAGAGACCACAUGGAAAAUCAAUGAAUACCGAGCACCGAAAAAGGAAGAAAAAAAUGGCUUUGUAACCAAAAAAGUGACAGAAGGUACAGAGGAUAAUAGAAGAAAGGAGGGAAUGAUGGAAACAAACAUAGAACAGCAUACAGGUAUGAAAGAUGGAGAGAAUAAUGACUAUGUCAUGGAAAAACAAAACAAGUACAUUCAGGAGAAACAUGGAACAAAUAAACAAACUGAAAACCAUGAGCAGAAGGAAAUGACAGAAAGCAAAUGUAUGACUGAGCAUGGAAAUGACCAGAAGGCAAUACAAACAGAAAGUGCAAGAAAAAUAAACGACAAGGCGGUAAAGAGUGUGAAGGAGAAAGAAUUCAUCAGUUUGCUUGAAAAGCUGGGCCUCAAGGAACCCUAUAAAAAAUCAAUGUGUAAAACAGAUGCAAUUGUUAUUAAGAAGAUGGCUCUUUGUGAAAUUCGGCCAAAGAAUAACAAGGAUCUGCCUUAUUUCUAUCUGGAAAGACUCAUUAUGAUGGAUUACAGAAUGAGAUAUUUAUUUUGUCAGGAAAUUGACUCAUCUACUGCAAGUGAGAGUCAGAAGAACAGAGAAACGGAGGUGGAUUUAUCACUUGACGAAUUCUUUAGCGACAACUGUGAGGAUGAAGAAGAGGUGGAUACACAUCAGUCAGGACACAUCCAUCCCAUGGAUCUCCAGAUGGCUCUUCUCCACUGUUCUGAUGACUUCCUGAAGCAGUAUCUCUACUCCAAGCUCUAUCUCUGCCAGUAUGCUCUGCCCUUUUUGGUUCCUGACCCUUGCAGCUCAAACAUUGAAUUUCCUUUGUGGGCUUUUCAUCAAAUUAAAAUCAGCUGCAAAGAUACAAACACACAGAGCAGUAAAGUGAGUUCUGUGGUUCAGACAGACAUGCCGCUGGUAUCUUUUAUAAGACUUGGCUCGUCCUUAGUGUCUAAAUCUCAUAUCAUGAACAUGGUCCUGAACAGACAGAAGCACAACACCUUCUUCCAUCGACACUGCAAAGGCAGCAGGCGAGACAAUGUGCUGAUAGAUGGUGUGGUGGAGAUUGCCUGGUUCAGCUGUGGUGGCAGGAAGGAUGAUGUCUUUGAAGACUGCAUUGCAUUCACCAACCUACAUGGAGAUGCCAGGCAAUAUGACAAGCAGGUAAACUUCUUACUUCAGAUUUCUGCUGUCAAUGUGGUUUUCAUAUCAGAUUCAGGUCUGAAAGAACAGGAUAAAGUAUUCCUGAAGAAGUUCUUUGAUUCACCACAGCCACUAAUUUGUCUUCAUGCUGAUAAAGAAAUAAUUAAAGGGAGUAGAUCAGGGCAGAAAAUUAGAAUAGGAUUGAAGAACAGGAAUGAAGCAGAACUUACAGAGGAGAUCAUUUCAAUCCUCAAACAUUGUCUGUCCGUAUCAAAGAAGACAAUCCGAAUAGAAGCAUGUUCAGACAUUGCAGUGAGACAUGGCUUUGUUGUUGAUGAAGAAAAUAAAGACUGUAGGGAAGGACGAGCCCUGGCAGAGGCUGUUGUGUGUCUGGUUAAAGACAAGAGCUUACUAGAAAGGAAGGAGGCAUUUCUGCCACUUCAGGGUCAUAUGUGGCACAAAUGGUGUCAGGAAGACAAAGAGCUUUACCGCUUGAAACAGAAAGGAAAUAAAAGCAUUGAACAGUACAGGAGUGAGAUUGAGGGUAGAAAGAAGAGGAUAAGGGAAGAGCAAUUAAGGAGAGCUUUCCCACUAAAUGAUCUCAUGAAAAAUCUGAUUGACAUCCUGCAUUCACAUUCAAAACCUAUUAAAAUGUAUUUUCUCCAAUGGCUGAAGGUCUUCCUGGAUGAACUAUUAGCAGAUUCAGUUCCUGAACUUCAGCAGCUAUACCACAAGACUUGGUUACAAAUGCAGACACUACAAAAUAAAUUAAUCUCACCCAAUGAGAUAAGUGAACUUCAGGCUGUAUUGGGUGAGUUGUCAAAUCAAAUCAGUGACUGUAUCUUUGAUCUCAAACACAUCUUGAGAGAAAUGGGUCAAAUUUUUGAAGCCUCUCAGACAGUGAAAACAAUUGAUGGUAACUGCAUUGCAUCACUUCCUGGAAUUGCAACUGAGCUCCUUAUAUCUGGUCAUCCUCUGGAACUCAUGGAUGGAGAUGCUGCCCAUGUACCUGUGAAGUGGAUUUGCUCAGUUUUGGAUAAAGUGCAGGAGAAGCUUGGUGACGUGAGGCUUUUUGUAUUGUCCGUACUUGGCCUUCAGAGCAGUGGCAAAUCCACUUUACUGAAUGCCAUGUUUGGCCUGCAAUUUGAUGUGAGUGCAGGGAGGUGCACUAGAGGGGCCUUCAUGCAGUUAAUUAAAGUGGAUGAUGAAAUUCAAGCAGAGAUAAAAUAUGAUUAUAUUCUUGUAGUGGACACGGAGGGUUUGAGAGCAAUAGAGCUGUCAAACAAGAAAUCAUUAAGCCAUGAUAAUGAGUUGGCUACAUUUGUUAUGGGUCUAGGCAACAUAACUGUAAUUAACAUCUUUGGAGAAAAUCCCUCCGAGAUUCAAGACAUUCUUCAGAUUUCUGUUCAGGCAUUUUUAAGAAUGAAGCAAGUGAAUCUUUCUCCAAGCUGCCUGUUUGUCCAUCAGAAUGUUGAAGAAACUGGGGCUAAGGAUAAAAAUAUGGAGGCCAGACGCCGACUCCAGGAGAAACUGGAUGAGAUGACUCGAGUGGCUGCAGAAGAGGAG